GAAAUCGCAGAGUAGGGUCGAAUUUCUAGGAUAAAAUACUUAAUUGGCUCCCUUCAUUGGUAUUAUUUGUAACUGUGUCCAUGAUACCGAUACGACAGCGGAUACAUCCAUUCCAAUUCGUCCAUGAACUACUUCACUUUCACAUCUUUAUUCCUAGGGAGGGGUCGUUACGACGAACCAGUGGUGGGCUACUAGAGUUGUAGCCGUAGAUGUCCCCAGUCAGGAAGACAGCCCUAGUCCACGUCAGAAAGAACAAACGCAAAAAGAUGACGGACAACAUCAAGAAGGAUUCAGCGGAUGCCUCGCUCGAACGACCUCCUGUGGUCCACAAGCUGAAUUUCGGGAGUUAUAACACGCACCUCUGGGGCAACAGCUUUGCGUCUUGGCUGCCCUUUUCGCGUUAUCAUGACGAUGUCCGUGCCGCCACUCUAGGUUUUCGGCUCGAGACCGAUUUAGAGUUGGACAUAGUCGGUUUCCAAGAGCUGUUCGAUGUGCGGUAUCUGGAGCGCUUUUCACGCCUUGAAGGCUGGAGGCACCAUUACCACACGAGGGAUCAAAUCAGCAUGACCGAGUUUCGCACACUAGUAGAAAACAAAGUUGCGGCUGCAGCCGGUGUGGGUUCUUUUUGCUUAGACUCUGAGAUGAUGGAAGUAGUGGAGGUAGAUGACGAUGAUUUCCAACUAGUACAUGAUCCUCUUUGUGCCGACGAGGACAAUAAGCUACAAAAAGACGAACAGGCGACCGAACCAUGUGGCGCUGAGGACACCGAAACAGUAGACUACUUUGGAAAGAGGGCUGUAGAUGAAGUGCGCGCUGACACUAGUUCUAACACGCUUUUCGGUCGAGAAGCAGGCAGUGGCCACAACCUGCAUCAAACCCCUGACGAGGAGGAUGCAAAAGAUGCGCUCGAAGAUGUGGAAAUAAUGGACGAGAGCCCAGAUCUUCGAUCGUGUCUGCCCUUCCGCUCCCGGCAAAGAAUUCCAACACGGAACAAGACUAAAAAUGCAGUGACUUCCUCUAGUCCUAAUACGAGUAGUACUACGACUAGGAGACAUCACAGACUCGACCACUACAACAAGCACAGCGAAAUUUUCGAAAACAAUAGAAAGCACAAGAACAACAAAACUUCUUCGACAAUGUCCGGAGGUGUCUUUUUCUUGGAAGACUUUGGCAAAGUUCCUGAUGAACAUACGCCUCGCAAUUUACAUGAGAGCCGUUUGCAGGUGCAUCGUGACGAGGAUGACCAGCAGGAGCAAGGUGGUUAUUAUUGCAGCCCUGCUGGCCCAGCUUCAAGUCGUAGUAGAGCACCAGUUCAUGAUCUGGGAAAUCUCCGCCAGCACCACAGUGCUAGUAAAACCAGCAAAGACCGCGCAGGAUAUUUCUCUAGCUCUGGUGUUACGACAGCGUCGAGUGGAGGUGAUUACAGCAGUUCUAGGGACAGUCUUCCUUCCUCCGUCGCAUCCUCGGACACGAGCGCUUACGACAGUGCGUCUGAUGAUGAAGACAUCAUGCUGGACUACAACACAGUUCAUCGAACGCAGACGAACAGGACCUCCAUGCAUCGAGAAGUCGACACUUUCGCAAACUUUCGAAGACAGAAAAUAAUCACAUCAGACCAGAACGUGAACAGGCCGAAGGCCGACACCCAGAUCGAUGAUACGAGUUUAGCAGCGUCGACGCACCAGGCGAAAUCGAGAAGAGAUUAUGAGAAGCAUGGCGUUGACGAUGGACUAGUACAAUUGACAGCUACAACAACAGCCGAGAAAGAUGCUGAUGCGGCUACUGAUGCUGGCAAAAUGAGACUCAUAUCAACUCCAGAGCCCGGAGAAGAUAUCAUGCCUGCAGUUGAUAGCGCUGGCGUGCCACUCGUACUAGAAGAAGUCUCAUCUAGACAUAGUAAUGGCAAGGCUGUGUCUUCGUUUGCUGAUUUUCGUCGUGAGGCCGACAUUUUUGACCAGUACGAACCAGAGGGGAUGUCUCUUUUUGGCCGGUUGGUUCGAAAACACUGCGGCGUACGAGAUGGUUUGUUUCUGCUAAGUAGAUUUUCCAUGAGAUACUGCCGUUCUGUGGCGUUGGAGCUUUCAGGCGGUCUCGAGAGAGUGGUGCGGCGCGGUGUGCAGUGCUUCUUUGUCCGAGUAUCCGAAAACGAUCCAGGUACUACGUCGUACGUACUCGUCUUCCCUUUUGUUAUUUUGACCAACAAUUACCUCAAAUUAUGCGCCUCAUAAAAUUAUUAUUGUAGUCACUUCAUCAAAUAAAUUCAAAAUAUCUUCUAUUAAUCAUGAUCACUCAACAUCAUCAUGAUCUGAUUAUGGAUAUGUACUCUGACAAAAAAUUCCUUUGUCCAUCAGGUUUUUGCGUUUUCAAUCUCCAUGCGCACUAUGGUGGGUCUCUCCAUGAUGGGAAGACGCGGAUGGCCAAUCUGGCCCAGCUUCGAGAGAUCAUCAAUCGCUACCGCAAACUCGUAGUUGCAGAAGAACAUCUCCAACAGCGACAGACUGAUGCUGAAAAUUCAGCCUCAUUUGCAUCUUCUGGAAGGGAAGUUGCCCGCCGCGCUUCUCUGGCGAACGGAGAUACAGAAGAUGCUAAGCCUGCUUUUAGUCAUCGUCUUUCUCAGUCCUCUCCUCGUUACGAUGGGGAAGCCUUUGUGCUUCUUGGUGAUUUGAACAUCAUCCACCGAAGCUCGCACUACGAUCGGUUGCGUGAAAUGUUUCCAGAGUGUGAUGACGCUGAUUGUGGUGGCGAGUUCAGCAGCAAUUCCUUGCAGAACAAGAUGAUACCGCGAUUCGAACCCUGGCACCAUGAUGUUGCGAAAUUGGAUUACGUUCUCUUCACGCGCAAGCAUUUUCGCGCAGUUUCUUCAUGCGUACGGUUCGACCUACGGUUCAACGUCCCUGGUGCGGCUGCAAUUAGGCCUGAAGACAAAAACGAAAGAGCUAGAAGAAGUAGAACAAAUAGCAUAGCCUCCAGUAGCGCGCGCACGACAAAUGGCACUUCUACGACAAGCCGCGCAACGAUUUGCGAAGAUGAUGACAAUGGUACCAGAACCAGCGCAGAAGAUCAUGUCUAUCAUGACAACACGAAGUGCUCUAGCGUAUUCGACCGAGCAAUAAUGGGACAGAAUGCGUAUGCUGGCCAAGAAGUUGAAGGAACAGACGACAUUUCAGACCAUUAUCUAGUUACCGCGCAGCUGGAGUAUAUGCCGAAUGUUCUUUAGCUAAUAGCUAUGAAAAAUGAAAAUAUGUGGAGAGUGACUAUCGAGAAUACAAAAAGAAAUAGAAGUUAGUAUCAUGAAUUUGAAUAGAGAAAGAGGUCAGCAUAACCAUAAGAAAACGCCGACUAUGAAAGAUUCACUUUUGGUAAGAAAAAAGAGCAAAAUGAAGAUUUGUAGCUGGUAAGCGCUCAACAUUUCUGACUCUGUUACGAAUAUGAAAAGAACAAGUAGAACUAGUUUUGUGUACAGUAUUUUUGUGUUUGUAUCCAAUGAAUUGAACAAUUCGAUUUGAAUGUAGACACCAUAGCGGAACAAGAAGAACAACACCAGACACUGACACUGUCAAAGUCCAGAAUUGUAAUCUUAAUAUUGUACUUUUUUAUGCUAAAAAUGUCUUCUGCAGCCAAGUUUUCUCAGAAAAAGUAUGCUCGUCUCCUGGCCGUCUGUAAACCGCGUUCGCCACUCGUUUCACCAGUAUCAAUGCGUCAGCUUGACUUUCUUGCGCGUGUCCGCGGCGCGGGAGCAGGCGUAAACAAAGGGAGUGACUCAAGUCAUCACUUUUCGGACGUUCUAUCGCUCUGUUGAUCUUGCACCCACGUAACCAUCGCGGUAAUUAUAGCUGUAGAUAAUAUGGUGGGGGCGGCAAGAAGACUAGAGAAAAACGAGUCCCUCCGUGAUGUUGACUAGUGAUGUGAGGCCAAGUUUUGUUUGUAGGAUUUUUGCACAGAAAAAAGUAAGAAUGGGAAACUACCGAAGCUCACUUUUCGUGCCCUCAUGGCUACGUGAUAAGUAAUAAAUCAUUUUCUUUUCCAGGAAGCUGACGUCGCGAUGCAUCUAUCUAAGAUCUUUAUUCGAAUUAGGAUACAUACAGUAGGUCCAGGUAUAAAGAAGAAUGAAGAUAAGCAAUUAUCAUGGGAUGAAUGACUGAUUAUGAUGCGCAGAACAUAAUCGGAAAUACAUUUCUUCAUCAUAUGCAUCAGCAGACUAUAAGCGGAAUUUGAUUAGUAUGCUGUUCUUGAUGAUGUUGAAGUAAACGGAGGACCCUCAGCAUCGUUAUGAUUCUCAACAUUUUUUUUCGAUGUUUGCAAUGCCAAUGUAUAAUUCUUAACACAAGAAAGGGAGUGAAAAAAUGAAAGGGGAAAGGGAAGGAAAGAGCGUUGUCAAUUUAUCAGAAAUGAUAUGGAGCCUCAAUUUAUCAGAAAUUAAUAAGAUAAAACCACAAUCCCGUGCAAAAAAAAAGUGUGGCUGCGGCAGGGAACCCCUGGAUCUGAAUCUGCAAC